GCGCUUAUUGCAAGAAGUGGAAUUUUAGAUUGUAAACAAAGUGCCGCUACAAAAGAAAACACGUUCGGACAUUAUUUAAUUAACCCAUAUAAAGGUUCGAUGCCAUAUAAAAACGCAAUAAGGAAUAUUUAAAGCGUCUAAAACCCAAGAAGGACCAUGGCCACCUUACAUAUUAUUGGCCUAAACGUUCCUGACGAGGAGAGCGACGAGCUGAAGAUUACGCCACUAGGUUCUGGACAGGAAGUGGGUCGAUCAUGUCACUUUUUAGAAUUCAAGGGCAAAAAAGUUCUUCUCGACUUUGGUAUUCACCCUGCGCUGACUGGGAUGAGUGCUUUGCCCUUUGUAGAUCACAUAGACCCAGAACAGAUUGAUCUGAUUCUUGUCUCCCAUUUUCACUUGGAUCAUGCGGGUGGACUGCCUUGGUUCCUCAUGAGAACUCGUUUUCGAGGUCGUUGUUAUAUGACUCAUCCUACGAAGGCAAUUUAUAAGUGGCUUUUGUCAGACUACAUCAAAGUCAGCAAUAUUGCGACUGAACACAUGCUCUACUCGGAAAGUGACCUUGAUUCUUCAUUAAACAAAAUAAAUGUCAUCAACUUCCACGAAGAAAAGGAGGUCAAUGGCAUCAAGUUUUGGUGUUACCAUGCUGGCCAUGUCCUCGGUGCUGCAAUGUUCAUGAUUCAGAUUGCGGGUGUGAAGCUGCUGUAUACUGGAGAUUUUUCAAGGCAAGAAGAUCGUCAUUUGAUGAUGGCAGAAAUUCCUCAGAUUCGACCAGAUGUUUUGAUGAUUGAAUCUACCUAUGGCGUCAGCAUCCAUGAACCAAGAGAAAGCAGAGAAUCCCGUUUUACAACAACAGUGCACACAAUUGUCAGCAGAGGGGGUCGGUGCCUGAUACCAGUGUUUGCGUUGGGUCGUGCACAGGAGCUGCUUUUAAUUUUAGAUGAAUACUGGCAAUUGCACCCUGAGUUACAUGAAAUUCCAAUAUAUGCAUCUGCCUUGGCUAAGAAAUGUAUGAGUGUCUACCAAACAUACACUCACGCUAUGAAUGAAAGAAUUCAGCGCCAGAUCUCUAUAAGUAAUCCAUUCCAGUUUAAGCAUAUAUCAAAUCUAAAGGGAAUGGACCAGUUUGAGGAUAUUGGUCCCUGUGUCAUCAUGGCCUCUCCUGGUAUGAUGCGUGGUCUAUCUAGGGAACUUUUUGAGAUAUGGUGUCCGGAUCCAAAGAAUGGUGUUAUAAUUGCAGGUUACUGUGUGGAAGGCACACUGGCAAAAGAAAUUUUAAAGGAACCCGAGGAAGUGACAACAAUGUCUGGUCAGCGGUUACCCAUGAAGUGUUCAGUAGAGUACAUAUCAUUCUCAGCCCACACUGAUUAUGAGCAGACUUCAACAUUUAUUAGAACCAUUCGUCCUCCAAAUGUGGUUUUGGUCCAUGGAGAGAUGACAGAAAUGUCUCGUCUGAAGUCUGCAGUGGAGCGGGAGUAUGAAGGAAUCACUAAAGACCCUGUCAGUGUUUACAACCCUAAGAAUCUUGAGACAAUAACUUUCCACUUUAGGGGUGAAAAAAUGGCCAAGGUUAUGGGAGACCUGGCUCUCAACAAGCCUAAAGAAACUAGCGUUGUAUCUGGUGUCCUUGUGAAGCGUAACUUUAAUUGCCACAUCAUUUCUCCCCAUGAAUUGGGCAAGUACAGCGAUCUCUCUGUAUCGCAAAUUAAUCAGAGAACGAGUAUCCACUACUCUGGAUCCUGGCAACUCCUUCAUUACUUGUUAGCUUCCAUGUAUGGGAAUGUAGAGGUGCUUGUCACAGAUACUGAAGAAAGCAAAAGCAUAAGAGUAUUUGAUUCUGUGACCAUCAUUCAGGAACCACCUUUGGUGUGGAUCGCAAGCCCAACAAGUGACAUGUAUGCUGAUGCUGUAAUGAAGGUCAUCUUAAAAGCUCAAGACCUCGAUGACAGUGGUGAAAUCAAUGUUCCCAAUCUCCCUGCUUCAGGCUUUGACAAAAUGCACUUCAAGGAAUGCCUGAUCGAGUUACUUCAGGAGUUAUUUGGAGAAGAUUCUGUUCCCAGAAUUUUUAAAGGGGAGAGACUGUAUGUGACAGUUAACAAGCUGAAGGCCAAUAUUGAUCUUACAAAUAUGAGUGUCACGUGUGAAAAUGAGAAGCUACAGAGGACAGUUCAGACUGCAGUGUCAAAACUUUACGAGUCUUUGUGUCCUGUGACAGUCUACACCAAAUAAAUUUUUAUGUGAAUUAUCUAAUUUUUCAAAAAUAUAUUCUUUGAUAGUUUUGUUGUUAA